AUGUAUCAGGUCAACAGUUCGUCGAGGCUAUGGCGCUAUUCGAAGGACGUGGACAACAGCUGGUUCAAUAUGAGCACAUUGUGUAGCCAUAUUCGGCAACCCGAGUACGAGAUCCCCUGCAACAAAACAGCAUGGUGGGCAUUUGUCCCUGUCAUGCACCGCAGCAAGGCCCGCAACAUGUACGUCUCCUGCCCCAUGGCCAAGUUCUCCAUCGGGGACGUCCCCGUCUGUGACCCGGGCCAAAACUGUCCUCGCUGGUUCGGUAAUGUCGCCUACGGCGAGGAAAACGUCCAACAACUCGCCUUCGACCUCGCCAGCCGCGGCCCGCAUCAAUGCCGACAAACUACGCUCGCUACGCCAUGGCGAUAUCAGCCGGGCGGGAAGGCUUAUUUGGCUCCUGCGGCUAGCAUCAACAGCUCCAGAGAAGAAGCCGUUCCGGAUCCGAUCAAGGCCAACUUCUGUGUCGACGAUCUGACACCUCGCAUGAUUUAA